UACAACGCGACUGGUGGACGCGCAUGUGUCUCUUGUGUCACUUUUUUGGACUGCGCAGCUGCGGAGUUGUCAAAUGCUCAAGAACAACUUGUCCUAUCCAUCAAUCGUCCUCCUGAGCCUUUUCAAUAACUCAACCUUCACCCCUGUGCUUCUUCUUCUUUUCCAUGAUUCUUCUUUAAAUCGUUGUAAUCUGGUCUCUAGACCUGUCAAUGAUUCCCUUCUCUUUCCUUGUCUCUCCUUGACCAGCUUUCCUCUUCCAACGCAGGGCCUGACCACCGUCGAUCCCUUCUUGCGGACAGCCUUGCGGCACUCGAGCACCGUGGAAUAACACCCCUUCACAUUUCUCAAUUGGCGAUAACACCAUGGCGAACGCAGCUCCCCGAAAGAAUGGGACUGCCCAUAAAGUCAAGGCUCCUACUCCUGCGCCUUCAAAAGAAGUGACGGCCAUAAAAGCAAAGAGCUAUGCGUCCGACGGAGUAACAGAUAAUGAUGUAUUCCUCCUUCCCGGCUCCGACUAUCAGGUCAUGGCGCUUUUGACCCUGUUGGCUUGUGUGGUUCGUUUGUUCCGCAUCUAUCAGCCUACCAGUGUCGUGUUCGAUGAGGUCCACUUUGGUGGAUUUGCGACGAAGUACAUCAAAGGCAAAUUCUUUAUGGACGUCCACCCUCCUCUGGCAAAACUCUUGAUCACACUUGCUGGUUGGGCCGCUGGCUUCGACGGAAACUUCGAUUUCAAGGAUAUUGGAAAAGAUUACCUCGAACCCGGUGUCCCUUACGUCUCAAUGCGCAUGUUGCCCGCGAUACUCGGAGUUUUGACUAUCCCUACCAUGUUCUUGACCUUGAAGGCGGCCGGGUGUAAGACUAUCACUGCUUCGCUGGGGGCUGCUUUGUUGAUCUUUGAGAAUGGCUUGGUUACACAAUCUCGACUGAUCCUGCUUGAUUCACCAUUGGUCAUCUGCACCGCUUUCACGGCCUUGGCUUGGACAUGCUUCAAUAACCAGCACGAGCUCGGUCCUGAUCGAGCGUUCGACGCUAGUUGGUGGUUCUGGCUUGCAGCGACCGGCCUCGGUCUGGGUGCGACAGUCAGUGUGAAGUGGGUUGGUCUCUUCACGAUUGCCUGGGUGGGCAGCUUGACGGUCCUUCAACUCUGGGUUCUCCUGGGCGACAACGUCUAUAUCACCCCGAGAAAGUGGUUCAAGCACUUCUUCGCUCGAGUAUUCUGUCUCAUUGUCAUCCCAAUCGCAUUCUACGUCGGUAUGUUCGGCAUUCACUUCCUCUGCCUGGUAAAUCCGGGUGACGGCGAUGGCUUCAUGUCGUCCGAGUUCCAGGCAACUUUGAACAACAAGGGUAUGGCAGAUACACCGGCAGACGUAGCUUUUGGCAGCGAAGUCAGCAUUAGACAUCACAAUACUCAGGGCGGCUACCUCCACUCUCACUCACACAUGUAUCCAACCGGCAGCAAGCAACAACAAAUCACUCUCUAUCCUCACAAAGAUGAGAACAACGUCUUCCUGAUUGAGAAUCAGACCCAGCCGAUCACUGCAGACAAUGUCACCAUCACUGGACCACGUGCUUGGGCUAAUCUGACUGACGGCCCUCAAUUCAUCAAAGAUGGCGAUGUCAUCCGAUUAUACCAUACCAUAACUCACCGCCGAAUCCACUCUCAUGAUGUGCGACCUCCAGUCACUGAAGCAGAUUGGCAACAAGAGGUUACUGCGUACGGAUACGAGGGCUUUGAAGGAGACGCCAAUGACCUUUUCCGUGUGGAAAUUAUCAAGUCCAUGUCUGAUGGUGAAGAGGCCAAGACAAGACUGCGGACCAUUCAGACGAAAUUCAAGCUCGUGCACAUCAUGACUGGCUGUGUCCUUUUUUCACACAAGGUCAAGCUGCCUGAUUGGGGUUUCGAGCAACAGGAAGUGACGUGCGCUAAAGGCGGCACUCUACCCAACAGCGUCUGGUACGUUGAGCAGAAUGAUCAUCCACAGCUGGGAGAGGACGCCGAGAAAGUCAACUACAAGAACCCCGGCUUCCUGGGCAAGUUCUGGGAAUUACAAAAGGUCAUGUGGAAGACCAACGCUGGCCUCGUCGAGUCCCACGCUUGGGACUCUCGCCCAGGUUCGUGGCCUAUCUUAAGACGUGGUAUCAACUUCUGGGGCAAGGAUCAUCGUCAAAUUUAUCUUCUGGGCAACCCUGCCAUCUGGUGGCCUUCCAGUCUUGCUAUCUUGGCAUAUGUCGUUUUCAAGGGCAUUGCCGUCCUCCGCUGGCAACGAAGCUGCGGCGACUAUUCCAAUGUCAACUUCAAACGAUUUGAUUACGAGAUCGGACAGAGUGUCUUGGGCUGGGCAUUUCAUUACUUCCCAUUCUUCUUGAUGGCACGACAAUUGUUCCUGCACCAUUACUUCCCUGCUUUGUAUUUUGCCAUCAUCGCCAUGUGCCAGAUUUUCGACUUUGGAGCCAACAGAAUUUCAUCUCUCGGCCUCAAAGGUCAUCCAGAGAUCGGCCGCGCUGUCGCGGUCCUCUUUGUGGCAUUCGCCAUCGGGGUGUUUACCUUGUACGCUCCGCUGGCUUACGGCAACGCAUGGACACAAGACCAGUGCAAAGCGGUGAAGUUGUUCGAGACUUGGGACUUUGACUGCAACACUUUCCACACCGAGUAUUCCAAAUAUUCAACACCAAGCCGAAUUGGAGACGUCACUCCCACGGCACAAUCGGCCAAGGUUGCUAAUGAGAAUGCUGAGAACAAAGACGACCAAGCGGCUGUCACUCCACAAGCUGAGACCAAGAUUCUUGGGCAAGAAGAGCGUGUCGAGUACCGUGACCAGAACGGUAACCUUCUGGAUGAGGCAAAGAUCCAGGAACUACUGGCAGAUGGCAGGGCGUCUUUUUCGACUAAGUAUGAGACCCGUACUAGGAUGGUUGACGCCGAUGGUAACGAGGUCGAUCCUUCUGGGGUCGCACCGGACCAUCCUGAUGUUGAAGGACAAAAUCCUGAGACCAAGGGAGUUCCAGAGGAGAAAGCGAACAGUGAACCCGCGCAAGCAAAAGCAGGUGGAUCUGUCAAGAAUAAGGGAGAUGACGGCAAGGCGAAGCCUGCGAGCGAUGCCAGUGAGGCAACGAAGUAGAUGACCUGUCAGAAGGAAUUCAGUGCUAGAUAUAAUCGCUCCAUUUUAGCAGUGUAGAUUAAGAAUUGGAAUCAAAAAGGAUACAACUUGUUAGAUGAGGCAUAUGAUUUCUGAUAGUCCUGAGGGACUCUUUACU